AUGUUUGAGAUAAUCGAGCUGCUGCUCAACUUUGGCGUGGAUAUUAACGUGCCUACUCUGGCCGGUGAGACGGUCUUCGACAUUUGCGAGGAUGGCGAGAUGCAUCAUCGACUGUUGGCCCUGAAGGUGGAGAUGGAGCGCCGCCAGUUGCAAGAGCAGCAGCUACAGGCGGCCCAGAAUCGCGCUAGCAACAGGCAACAGCGACCUCUUGUGAGACGAAGAAGCAGCAAUAAUCCCAGAAGGCAAGAGAACUGA